AUGACAAAGCCAAAGGUUUAUGUUGUUGGAGUCGGAAUGACAAAAUUCUGCAAACCAGGAUCGGUUGCUUGGGAUUAUCCAGAUAUGGUUAAAGAAGCUGGUAAGCUUUAAAAAAAAUAAAUUCUCAAAUCACUGUUUUUCCGUUCAGUUGAGACCGCUUUGGCGGAUGCUGGUAUGAAAUACAGUGAUGUGCAACAAGCAACAGUUGGAUAUUUGUUUGGUGGAACUUGUUGUGGACAACGUGCUCUUUAUGAAGUUGGACUCACUGGAAUUCCAAUUUUCAAUGUGAAUAAUGCGUGUGCUUCUGGAUCUUCGGGAUUGUUUUUGGGAAAACAAAUUAUUGAAUCAGGUAGGAAGUUUCAGAAAAAAAAUCUAUAUUUUUUUCGAGCAUUUUUUAAUAUUCAGAUGCUGGGUAUGAAAACUAGUACCAUUCCUACCUCCCUCAAAAAAAAACUAUUUUAGGAAACGCCGAUGUCGUCCUAUGUUCUGGAUUCGAAAGAAUGGCUCCAGGAUCAUUGGAAAAAUUAUCAGCAAAUGUAGAUGAUCGCGCACUUUCCAUUGAUCAUCACAUUGAAGUUAUGGCUGAAACUUAUGGUCUUCAACCAGUUCCAAUUACUGCUCAAAUGUUCGGAAAUGCUGCUCUUGAACAUAUGGAAAAAUAUGGAUCGAAGAGAGAACAUUAUGCUAAAAUUGCUUAUAAAAAUCAUUUGCAUUCAGUUCAUAAUCCGUGAGUUUCUUAUUAAAAAUGAAAUUUUUCUUCUAACAAAUUGAAUUUCAGAAAAUCACAAUUCACCAAAGAAUUCACUUUGGAUCAAGUUCUCAAUUCUCGAAAAAUCUACGAAUUCAUGGGACUUUUGGAGUGCAGUCCAACAUCUGAUGGAGCUGCCGCUGCAAUCAUUGUUUCUGAACGAUUUUUGGAGAAGAAUCCAAGAUUGAAGUCUCAAGCUGUUGAGAUUGUUGGACUCGAAUUGGGAACUGAUCAACCAUCAGUUUUCAAAGAGAAUUCAAACAUCAAGAUGAUUGGAUUUGAUAUGAUCAAAAAGGUGGCGACAGAUUUGUACAGAAAGACUGGCUUGACACCGAAUGAUGUUCAAGCUAUUGAACUUCAUGAUUGUUUUGCUCCAAAUGAACUCAUCACUUAUGAAGCUAUCGGAUUAUGUCCAGAAGGUUAGCUUUCUAGAUUAUAUUUAAAGUACUAUAUUUAAAUUUAGGACAAGGCCAUCACAUUGUUGACCGCGGGGACAAUACAUAUGGUGGAAAAUGGGUAAUCAACCCUUCUGGUGGCUUGAUUUCCAAGGGACAUCCAAUUGGAGCGACUGGAAUUGCUCAAGUCGUUGAAUUGUCGAAUCAAUUGCGCGGGAAAUGCGGUAAACGUCAAGUUCCAAAUUGCAAAGUUGCAAUGCAACAUAAUAUUGGAAUUGGUGGAGCUGGAGUUGUUGGAUUGUAUCGAUUGGGUUUCCCGACACAUGCGCAAUCAAAGAUUUGA